GAGGCGAGCCUCUGGCGUGGAAGAUUCGCGAAGACGUGGUCGCCAUUGAGCGCAGUAGCGCCUCUUUCCGUCUAUGGCGACCGGGGCGAACGCGACGCCGCUGGGGAAGCUCCAUCCUCCCCCACCGCCGGGCAAGGCCGGCUACCCACUUCCUCCUCCCGGGCUGGUGAUGCAGGGCCCGCCGCCCCCGCCGCCUCCGGGCCCCGCGCAGGCCCAGCCGCAGCCGGCCAUCCCCAGCCUCAUGGCGGCCGCCGCCUUCCCCUUCGCCGCGCUGCCGCCGCCCCCACCGCCGCCGCCCCCUCCGCCGCCGCCCCCGCCGCAGCAGCCCCAGCCGCCCACGCAGCAGCCCCAGCCGCCGCCGCCGCCUCCACCGCAGGCCCAGCAGCCCCAGCAGCAGCCCCAGCAGCCGCCUCCCCAGUAUGGCCAGUACCGGUUUCCCUCGCCGCCGCCGCCCCAGCUGGCCCUCGAGCAGCAGCAGCUCCACCACCUCCACCCGCAGGACGAGGGUGGCCAGGCCGGGGCCGGCAAUCAAGAUUUUCCUAAUAAGAAGAGGAAGAGGAGCAGAUGGAACCAAGACGCCAUGGACCAGAAGACUGUUAUCCCUGGAAUGCCCACAGUUAUCCCCCCUGGGCUUACUCGUGAACAAGAAAGAGCUUACAUAGUGCAACUGCAGAUAGAAGACCUGACUCGUAAACUGCGCACAGGAGACCUGGGCAUCCCCCCUAACCCUGAGGACAGGUCUCCUUCCCCUGAACCAAUCUACAAUAGCGAGGGGAAGCGCCUGAACACCCGUGAGUUCCGCACACGCAAGAAACUGGAGGAAGAGAGGCACAACCUGAUCACGGAGAUGGUGGCGCUCAACCCAGACUUCAAGCCGCCGGCUGAUUACAAGCCCCCAGCAACCCGGGUGAGUGACAAAGUGAUGAUCCCGCAAGAUGAAUAUCCUGAAAUAAACUUUGUUGGGCUUCUGAUUGGACCCAGAGGAAACACACUGAAGAACAUCGAGAAAGAGUGCAAUGCAAAGAUCAUGAUCAGGGGCAAAGGUUCUGUGAAAGAAGGGAAGGUGGGGCGGAAAGAUGGCCAGAUGCUGCCCGGUGAGGAUGAACCCCUUCAUGCGCUGGUCACUGCCAACACUAUGGAAAAUGUGAAGAAAGCCGUGGAACAGAUCCGGAACAUUUUGAAGCAAGGCAUUGAAACACCAGAGGACCAGAAUGAUCUGCGCAAGAUGCAGCUGCGGGAGCUUGCCCGCCUCAAUGGGACGCUGCGUGAAGACGACAACAGGAUUCUGCGUCCGUGGCAAAAUACGGAAACGCGCAGCAUCACCAACACCACCGUGUGUACCAAGUGUGGAGGGGCUGGCCACAUUGCAUCAGACUGCAAGUUUGCCCGGCCUGGAGAUCCCCAGUCAGCUCAGGAUAAAGCACGCAUGGAUAAAGAGUACUUAUCUCUGAUGGCUGAGUUAGGAGAGGCCCCUGUGCCAGCAUCUGUAGGGUCUUCUUCAGGACCUUCUAAUCCACCUCUGCAGAGCGGCCCGAGACCAUCAGGGCCUGGAAACAACCAGCCACCUCCUAACCGCCCUCCGUGGAUGAACUCUGGCCCUUCUGAAAACCGGCCCUUCCAUGGUGGCAUGCACGGUGGUGGUGGUGGUGGAGGCGGAGGAGGCGGUGGUGGUGGAGGAGGGGGGCCCUCAGGGCCUGGCGGUCCUCACAACUUCCCUCACCCAAUGUCAAACAUGGGGGGGCACGGUGGUCACCCCAUGCAGCACAAUCCAAAUGGCCCCCCGCCUUGGAUGCAGCCGCACAAUCCUCCAAUGAACCAGGGACCGCAUCCUCAUGGCCCACCAGGUCCCCAUCACAUGGAUCAGUACCUGGGCAAUGCGCCAGUGGGCUCUGGGGUCUAUCGCCUCCAAGGAAAAGGUAUGAUGCCGCCUCCGAUGGGUAUGAUGCCCCCACCGCCCCCUCCGCCCAGUGGUCAGCCUCCCCCGCCUCCCUCUGGUCCUCUUCCCCCAUGGCAGCAGCAGCAGCAGCCUCCACCCCCGCCUCCCAGCAGCAGUACUCCCUUGCCAUGGCAGCAAAGUGAAUACGACGACCAUCACCACCACGAGCGCUGGCAGCGGGGCCAUCCCUCCAUGGCAGCAGCAGCAGGGGGCGGCGGCAACUUCUACGGGGGGCCCGCAGAUGCAAGGCAGCCCCUCCAUGGUGCCUUUGCCUCCAGGGGUCCAGCCUCCGCUGCCGCCCGGGGCCCCGCCUCCUCCCCCGCCCCCCCCGCCUGGCUCCGCGGGCAUGAUGUACGCCCCUCCCCCUCCUCCGCCUCCCAUGGACCCUUCUAACUUUGUAACCAUGAUGGGGGUGGGGGUUCCGGCUUUGCCACCAUUUGGCAUGCCCCCUGCUCCCCCGCCACCACCGCCACAGAACUGAAGAAUGGUUUUUUUUCUAUACAGUUGUUUUUCUCUCCAACAUGGA